GAUAUGCUAUAAUAUUUUUUUAGUCAUUUAUAUUUUUUAGUCAUUUAUAUUAUACGUUGUUAUGUACAUAGUACAUGAUAAAUGAUACAUGAUUAUAAUGAAAUCGUUCUGAAAGUUCACAUUUAACAAAGCAAGAGUUUUUUAAAAAAAUUUGGUAUAAAGAAAUUUAAUUUUUACAAUUCUUUUCUUAUUAAGGAAUUUUAUUUAAUAUGGUAUAAUGAAAAACAUAUAAAUAAUAAUGUUCAUUAAUAUAUCAUGAAUUUGAAUAUGUUGUGUAUGUGUUUUAUCUUGGCCAGAAAAUAGUGACCCAAAUCACACGAAACAUGUACCGCAGCGUGCCAAAAAAGGCAGUAAAUGUUAUUACGUUAUUUAAUUAUUUUAUAGUGGCUAUAGAUGAUUUUAUUAGUUUGAAUUUAUGGUCCUAUGACAUUAUACGUAAUUUUGAAAUGUAGUUCGUUCUUUGUCAUACAAUGGCUUUCCAAAUGAGGGAUCAUCAGUUGUAAAUCAUAUAUCUGAAUCUUGGGUUGUUCAUCAUGAGCAUCAAGAAGCAUCAAGACAAGAAGAUGAUGUUUUGACCCACCAAGAGGAAGAGGUUGAAGACCCGAUCAAUGCGGAAUAUUGGAGCAUAGGUGACCCGUCACACAAUUGUGCAUCUUGUGGGGCAUUGUUUUGGUAUGAAGAAAGAAUUGUUAGUACUUCUUCAAAAAAAGAUCCCAAGUAUUCUUUGUGUUGCGGUCAAGGGAGAAUUAAACUACCAAAAUUAAAGGAGCCACCUUUGGAACUACACCAGUUCAUUCAUGGGACGGAUGCACUUUCUAGGCAUUUCCAAGAAAACAUUCGUUCGUACAACAACAUGUUUUCGUUCACUUCCAUGGGAGGAAGGGUAGAUAGAACACUGAACAAAGGUGGAUCACCGCCUAUCUUUAAGCUGAGUGGACAAAACUAUCACCUCAUUGGGAGUUUGCUGCCCAAGGAAGGAAGUGUGCCAAAAUUUGCACAACUGUAUAUAUAUGACACCCAACAUGAAGAUAUUAAUCGUUUGAGCUCAGUGAGGUAAAUGCAUUUACCUUGAAACUCAUAAAUAUAUGUAAUCAUGCACACAUGUUGUCCGCUAUGAAUAUAUGGUAUUUUUUAUGUUAUGUGGUAUUUUUGAUGUUAUUUGGUUAUAUCGUUUUAGGGAUGAUGAAAAGAAGAUCAAUUUGCAUGCGCAUAUUGUGACUACAUUAAGGAAAAUGUUAGACCAACAUAAUGUUUUAGUUAAGUCCUUUAGGAUGGUCAGAGAUAAAGUAGCUGAGGGUGGGGAAAAAAAGUUUCUCUGAAGUUAAUAGGGAGGAGAACCAAGGAUGCCAGAACUUAUAAUUUACCCACAGUUUAUGAGGUCGCAGCGUUGGUGGUGGUUGAUUUUGAUGAAUCACUUGGGCAAAGAGAUAUCAUGGUUGAAACUCAAGGAGGGUAUUUGAAAAGAAUAAACGAGCUAAAUCCAGCGUAUUGGGAUUGCAAUAGCCACUUUUGUUUCCAUAUGGCGAGGAUGGGUACAGGGAGGAUAUAGCCUUUUCUGAUGAGAAAUCGUCAAACACGUGUGGUCGACGGAGUGUUAGCAUUAGAGAGUUUCUUGCUUACAAAUUGCAUGAACGAGCAAGCGAGGACUCUUUCAUCUUUAAGAGUAGGAGACUAUUCCAACAAUUCACAGUUGAUGGAUAAACAAUGGUUGAGUCGUCAAGGCUAAUGUAUAUUAAAACCCAUAAAAAAGAACUGCAGUGUGAAAUGUACAAAGGCCUAUCAGAUGCUUUGUUAAGCGGUGAGAGGGAUGCGUCAACACAGGGUAAGCGAGUUGUCCUUCCACCGACAUUCGUUGGGGGCACUCGAUACAUGGUUCAAAAUUAUCAGGACGCCAUGACUAUAUGUCGGUGGGUAGGGUACCCAGAUCUGUUUUUGACUUUCACGUGUAACCCAAGAUGGCCUGAAAUUAAUACAUUCCUUUCUUCAAGGAAUUUGAAUCCCGAAGAUCGUCCAGGUAUAAUUUGUCGAGUGUUUAAGAUGAAGUUGAAUGACUUGAUCAAAUACGUAAGACAAAGUAAAGUAUUUGGACAAAUUUGAGCAGGUAUAUUCAGUUCAUCACAUGUGUAGCUUCUUAUAAAUACACAAAUAUAUAUGUUUGUUUGUAUGUGUAAUAUAAUAAUAAUUGUUAUGUUGACUCUUCGCAGUGAUUUACACGAUCGAAUUCCAAAAGCGUGAGCUACCGCAUGCUCAUAUUCUAUUGUUCAUGGGGAAUGCAGACAAAUUCUCCACCCCAAUAGACAUUGACCGCAUAAUUUCAGCUGAAAUACCUGAUGAGGGGGCUGAUCCUGAUUAUUUU